GAGAGCCGUGAAGACAUGAGAACGGUGUAAGCCACAUGGUAGUGCUCUCCUCGGAUCGCCGAAGUUGCUCACUUCCGUGCAAUUUUAUGCAAUCAUGACCAUAAAUUGGGAGAAUAUGGGAAAGGAAAAACAGUGGUAAGUAAUGGACUCGAGAGUUUUUGAGGCUGCCCAUUUGGGAAAUAUCAAUGCUAUUCGUGAUUUAAUAGACGAGAGUGCUGAUGUUCUGGAGCAAGUCACCAGUUCCAGCCAGAACUCAGUACUACAUGUGGCUGCAAGAGCUGGACAGGCAGAUUUCGUGUCUGAGAUUUUGAGAAUCAAGCCUGAAAUCUUCUCCUACGUCAAUAGUAAGAGGGAUACUGCCCUGCACGAAGCUGCAAGAGAAGGACAUUCGGUUGUUGUGAAGGUUUUGUUGGAAAAAGACCAACGAACCGCUUACAAAGUUAAUCAGGAUUAUGAAACAUCCCUUUUUGUUGCUUGCAAGGAAGGCCACGUUCAUGUGGUUAAUGAUUUGAUUCAAGUCGCUUCCUUGCUUGCCCUCGACUCCGAAAAACCAGACGAGCGGACCUCUCUUCAUGCUGCAUCAACUAGAGGACACGCAGACAUUGUAAAGGAGCUGAUUAAGGCGAGACCUGGGCUCGUUGGAAAAGUGGACAAGCAAGGAAGCAGCCCGUUGCAUUCAGCUGCGCCACACGGCCACCUGGAAGUAACAAGAGCACUAUUAACAGCCGACCCGGAGAUUUGCUACAUGCUCGACGGCUCUGGAAGGUCGGCUCUCCACAUCGCAGCGAUGAAAGGAAGGCUGAGUGUUGCUCAUGAAAUACUGUCCUUCAGGCCUGACUCCGCCGAGGUGCUCUCCACAGCCGGUGAAACUUUUUUACAUUCUGCAGUGGAGGCGAACCAGAUCGAAGUUGUCAAGCACGUGGUUGACCUUCUUGACACGUCCAAGCUUAUCAGGACCAAAGACAACGAGGGCAAUACAGUCCUACAUGUGGCUACCAGGAAAAAACUCGAGCAGAUGGUCCGGUGGCUGGUGACGUGUACAACUGUAAAUGUGAACGCAGUGAACAAACAAGGGCCGACGGCACUGGAUAUCUUGGAGAAAGAACCGGCUCAUUCGGGAGCCAUGAUAAUUGGGGCUACGCUCAAGGAAUUCGAUGCGAAGCGCGCCUACGAACUUCCUCUGGAGCGCUUCAAGCGGGACGACCUCGCUCUCAAACGCAGCGUGAGCUCCAUUAAUCACCACGUUCGUGCUCAUCAUUUCCAGACGGCCGACACGACUGAUCGAGUGAACGGCAUGGCAAAAGAACUGCGGCAGCUGCACAAAGAAGGAAUUAAAAGUGCAGGGAACACCGUGACUGUGGUGGCGGUGCUCAUCGCUACCGUGGCCUUCGCUGCCAUGUUCACCGUGCCGGGAGGCCUCAAAAAUGACGGCGAGGACGAAGGCACUGCCGUGAUGGCACACACCGUUGCCUUCAAAGUAUUUGUCAUAACUGACACCGUGGCUUUGUUCUCGUCGUUCGCUAUAGUUCUGAUUCUGGUGACCGUGGUGCCCUUUCAUAAGAAAGUCUUGAUGAAACUUUUGUUUUUCAUCAACAAAAUUAUGUGGGUUGCAGUUGGAUGCACAGCCUCGGCUUUUUUGGCUGCAGGUUAUGUGGUGGUGGGGCCGAAAAGUAUGUGGGUUGCAAUUAGCAUGUGUGCCGUUGGAGCAGGAAGCAUGGUGUUUAUGUUCUCUUCUCUUGCCUGGCUGGUUGCUGGCCAUCAGAUGAAGAAAGCCCGACUCAGGAAAAGUAAGAAGCGCAGAAAUGGUGAGCGUGUGGGAAGGUCAAGAUCGAGAGACCCUGAGGCAAUCAUAACGCACUUGGGAGAAGAAGAAUGUGAAGCGAAUUCAAGGGAAACGAGCGAGAGAUUUCCUCGGAGACGGAUCCAUUCUUCUUCUGACUCGGACUUUGAAAGCUCUGAAGGGAACGGCUUCCAUCCACUGUAAACACAUAAAUAUUAUCAAUGGUUAGUGGCUUUGAUAGAAAGUAGGAAUUUCUUCUCAAUUUCCUCUUUUAAAAAGUCUCCACCGUCGCUGUCUUCAAUCUCACGGUGGAGGUCCCCAUCUUUUCAAGGUGGAAAAUGAGAUUAUCUUUCACUAAUCUUCUCCUUCAUCUGUAUAGUACCAGUACUCCUGUUUUGGAUUGGUAUUCAAUCAUCUUAAUUUCCAAGUUUUAU